UUCAGUGUUAUUUUCUCAUAAUAAUAAUCAAUAUAAUAAUAAUGAUAGUAAUAAUAUUUAUUAUAACUCAUCGAUCGAAAAACAAAUCAAUUUAUUAUAAAUUAUCGAAGAAGGCCAGUUAAAUAAGCUCACGCAUUCAUACCUCAUUCAUACAUAAAUAAAUAAAAUAAAAACCGUCGCAGGUAAGUCAUAUAACCCUUUGUCCUUAUAAAGAAAAAGAUCGACUGGGCAUUGAUAUAAAAUUGUAUAAAUAAAAUAAUCGUGUCUCUUGGGGAUGUUACUCCUUGUUAAACUCCUUUCGUUACCUUACAGUUUCGUUCUACUUUUCAGGCACGUAGAUCGAAUUUGAAUGGAGACUCCAGUAUUAAGUAUUUUUUGACCUUUCGAUGGUCAUAACUGUCGUUGUGGUUUUUUGCUCGAUAUUCGAAAAUGAGUCAUCAGACGCGGAAUACUCCAAGCUUUCGAACCUUUUUUGAAUUUCUGCUCUAUCAUUUUUUUCUUCGUAGUUAUAAACCUCCAAACUGAGGGUUCUAACCUUUACGGCCCGACAGUAGUACGUUGAACGACGUGAAAACAGCCGCUAGUCGAGUGGGUAAGCACUGCAUUGUAACAGCUGUUUUUGUAGUCAACUCAGGGGAGUUAUAAGUACUAUAUUAAUUAAUGUAUCCUUGUAGGGCCGCACCUGAAUACUCGCUCAUGUCAGUGAAAAGUUGUUAGCAUCACUUUUGUCAUAGCUAGGUUACCGCUACAGAAGCGCAUAGUCACUAAAGGUUUUUUCUUCUGUAGUACAGAAUUCAAUUCGAUACCAACAAGAACACGCUCCUCAAUACUAAUAAAAACAUGAACGGAUAAGCAUUACUAGAAUACUUGCCUUACGUACUUGUCAAUAAAAACUGAUAAGGGAACGUUCAACUCCAAUUACAACCUAUUGACAUAAUUUAUUCAUACAUGAAGAACGAUUACAACAAAGAGCUGCCUCAAGCUAUCUGAUAAUCCACACCUAUAAAACAGCUAGAAGAGAGGCACGAUAAACAAAUAAAAAAUAACAGCCCCUGUCCUUAAAGCGCCCAUGUUAAGACCUAAUAUUUAAGUAUCCACCCACUGACUCACCUCCGAUGGUUUGGCCGAUUGAAAUAUCUGCGAUGCCUGCACAGAAAUUGCAAUACAUUUGUCUCGUUGGACCUGCUUAUCAUGCAGAGAAGUUUGUGUGGACAUAUACUUUCAGGCUGCCACGAAUCCAGCGAAAAAAUAAAACCUAUUGAGAUGUAGUUAGCUACUUGGUUCGUAACAAUAUAUCAUUACUUGAUGUUUAUUCUGUCAGUGCAAAGCAAACGCAAAGUCUAUCAAUAGUUGAUUUGAGUUUCUUCAAGUCCCGUAAUGAGCGACAACAAUCACAGCUAAGGAAUAGUCCUGAAAAACGAAGGAAGAAGAGAAGAAAUAGGAUGAAGCAAUGCUCACCAGGGUCUGAACAUCAUCAUUAAUAGUUUCGUAGAAUUUUUUUUUUUUAUCGGAAACGAAUGACUGUUAUCGAGAAAUCGCCUGUUUUACAAUGUUGUGUUGAGACUUUACUUUGCGCAACUUCUCCGCCGAUUCAUCUUUGAAGCCACCGUAGAAGGCUGUACAGCCUACGUUGUAACACCAUUCCACCGAUUGUAAUUUGCCAGCUCAUUUGGGAAUAGCAAAUCUUACUCGGAAUCCGUUGACCUGCCAGCCCUGUAAUAAUAUGAUUAUUAACAAUAAAAAUAAACAUAUAAUAAUAACACCGAUAAUAUGAAUAUAAUAAUAAUGAUCAUAAAAAAAACAUAAUAACAAAAAAAACAAAAAAUAUAAUAUUAUCAACAAUAAUAAUAGCAAUAGUAGUAAUAAUAAUGAUAAAAAGAAUAAUGAUAGUAAGAUUAUACAACAAAUUCAUGUAGCUUACCCUCUACAAAAAGUGAAGAGGAAUGUAGAAGAGCCCAACACAACCAAGAAUAGUAGAAAACAAUGCCGUCGAAGAAACGACUCUUCCUACGUCAUUUUCGAACAAUUUCUCGACACAGAGUCUGACAACAAUCCUUAAUAAAAUUCCAUUGUUGAAAUUGUUUGCGGAAUUUUCUUAAUUUUCCGAAAGCGUUAAAUGUAGAUGACAGCGUUCACAAACAUAGCGGAGCGCGGGAGUACGAAACGAUUAGGAAUAAGAUCCCGCUCUAUCGAAAUUCAAUAUAUCAUGGUUCACUCAACGACGGAUUAAUUUCGUAACUGAGGUUACAGCGUGCAUUUUAAGAUUACGUUGUUUUUGAUGAAGUUUUAAUAAAUUUCAGAGUUAGAGUCGUAAUAGUAUAACCCACAAGCUAUAAAUCGUGACAAGUGCAUCUGCAUUAGUAAGGGAUCAGCUUAGCUAGGUCACGUGCGUAUUAUUUAAUAAUUAGGUGUGGUAGGAUAGAUAAGUUAGUUGGGUUAGGACGUCUUCUAUCUCCAGAAAUCUCACGAUUUUCGAAAAGGCUGCUCUGAGCGCCAUAAUCUGCUGCUGACACAAUCAUAUUAGUUGUUGCUUUGCAUACAACACUACUGCUUUACGCAGAUAUGUUAGAGUAAUAUGUAUUCAUCGUACUCUGUAUAAUGUAUAGAUAUAUGUAUGCUUAUUGUCGAAUAUUUAUCGUCAACUGCUUGUGCGCCCUCUAUAUGUCGCUCAUGUACCACGCGUCUCCUACUGUCAGAGUUAGUGUCCUCGCAACCGCCAAGUACGACGGUUUGCUUGAUUGUAUUUUUCCUUUUAUAUUUCAUUAAACGUUAUUAUAUAAUUAAACCUAUGUUUAUUUAUUAUAUAACCUUAUUAAGAUAAUUUUCUGCUUUACGCGCAAUACCAAGAGAUAGUGGCCUUCAAACUAAUAGAACGAUUAGCAUAUUUGCAAUCAUGAUCGGUACGCAGAUACCAGUUGUUAAUGACGGGUUCAUUGAAUGUCAUCCAAUCUGGCGAAUGGCUAUAUGAUGAUCAUAUAGAUCAUUUCUCAUUGUUUCUGAAAAACUCCACAGAAUAUGCACCCCAGGAGACAUGGCGGGUACAGAUGGCAGAUACGAUAGAACCUGUUUCGCCUACCGUCAAGCACGUUCAAAUUUUGCACAGUGGCACGCACGGAGGGCAACACUGGAAUACUUUACAAUUUCCUACGGUUCAGCGGCAGCCUAAUGGGUCUGAUUGUGGGGUAUUUGGGAUUGUUGUUGCUAUUUCGCUUAUAAAUGGGAAAAAACCUGACCAGUUUCCAUGCGUGGAAGAAAUAAAUAGCGCUUCUGCAGUGAGAGGCAUUUCUUCUCCUAAGCCUCAAAUGCGACGUGAAAAAAUACAAACUAAAAAUUCACCCCCGCAAACCAAAAAGCAUCGCACCUCAAGUUGCAACCGAUUGACAAAUGAGGUUAGCCAAAAUAAAAACCUGCGGGAAAAUUCGCAAAACGGCGCAAAAAAAGGACGUGCUGAAGUUCCCAACCAAUCAGCAAAAGAAGUCAACAAACGGACUGAAUCGUUAUCGGUAACUGUUUUUCCCGUUUUCAAUCAUGAUGACAAUCAGGUAGUCAAUGAUGCGACUUGUCUCACAACACAAGUUUCUUCUGUUUAUAAAAACAGAGGGUGUAUAUCUCUUGAAAAUCGAAAGAGCGCGUUUCGCCCCACACCGCAUUUGGAUACUACAUCCAAAGACAUAAUAACAUCAGGUUGGUGGUUGACUGACCUGCACAUGGAUCAUUUUAGUCAUAUCGUCAAAAAAUGUUCGUCAUAUUGUAGGAUAAAUAUAGAAUUAAUCCCUAUCGUAAGUGUAAUGUAAGUGUAAUGUAAGUGUAAUGUAAGUGUAAUGUAAGUGUAUGUCGAGGAUCGCUAAUCCUCAGCGUAUGACCCGAUGGUCAGUUGACUGCCGAACGACGUCCAUACCUGUCCAUGUUAAAAUAAAAUAAAUCUUGGGAACCUUAUAGACAAAUUAUUUAUUUAA